GAGAGAGAGAGAGAGAGAGAGAGACGAAGAGAAUGGCGUCCACAAGAAUGGCGAAAUCGAAGGGGACUUUCUGUAUCACUCUCUCUUCAGAAAUCUAUCAUACGCCACCAGAAAGAGAAAGAGAGAGAGAGAAAAAUAAAAAUUAAUCAUAUUACUCAAACAUUGCGUUUGAAUCCAGAAGAACAAGCGAUCAUUCGUCUUCUCGAAAGGGUCUUAUAUAGCUCCGUUGAUCGUAACUGCUCAAGAGGGAGCUAUAUCCACAGGAGGGUUGUUACGGGAUGGCUGAAAACGUAAUGGUGGAUUCUCAUGUAUGGGUGGAAGACCCAGAUGUUGCAUGGAUUGAUGGAGUUGUUGUUGAUAUUAAGGGUGACGUAGCUACUGUUAAAACCAAUGAUGACCGUGAGGUUACUGCUAAUUUAUCAAAACUCUAUAUAAAAGACGAUGAGGCUCCUUCAGAGGGAGUAGAGGACAUGACACGGUUGUCUUAUUUGCAUGAGCCUGCAGUUCUCGAGAAUUUGGCUAUCAGAUACGGGCUCAAUGAAAUUUAUACUUAUACAGGAAACAUUCUUAUUGCUGUCAAUCCCUUUCAAGGACUCCCGCAUCUUUAUGAUGUUGCGGUUAUGGAAAAGUACAAGGAAGCCUCGUUCAAAGAGCUGAGCCCUCAUGUUUUUGCAAUUGGUGGCAUUGCAUAUAGGGAGAUGAUCAAUGAGGGCAGGAAUAAAUGUAUAUUGGUAAGUGGUGAAAGUGGGUCUGGAAAGACAGAAACCACUAAGGUGCUCAUGCGUUACCUUGCAUACUUUGGAGGGCAUACUGCAGGUGAAGGAAGGACGGUUGAGAACCAAGUUUUAGAAUCAAAUCCAGUUCUCGAGGCAUUUGGAAAUGCUAAGACUGUUAAGAACAACAAUUCCAGUCGUUUUGGGAAGUUUGUGGAGAUUCAGUUUGAUGACAUUGGUAGAAUAUCUGGGGCAGCCAUCAGAACCUACCUCUUGGAGAGGUCUCGUGUUUGCCAAGUUUCAGAUCCUGAACGUAAUUAUCACUGCUUUUACCUCUUGUGUGCUGCUCCUCCAGAGGAUGUUGAGAGAUUUAAAUUAGGGGAUCCUAAGUCAUUUCGCUAUCUUAACCAAUCUAGCUGCUUCGAACUUGAUGGUGUAAAUGAUGCAGAGGAGUAUCUUGCUACUAGAAAAGCUAUGGAUGUAGUUGGAAUAAGUGAACAAGAACAGGAUGCAAUUUUCAGAGUUGUGGCUGCCAUUCUCCAUCUUGGAAAUAUUGAAUUUUGCAAAGGAGAAGAUGCUGAUUCCUCAUCUCUAAAAGAUGAACAGUCAAUGUUUCAUCUCCAAAUGACGUCAGAAUUGCUCAUGUGUGAUUCCCAUUCCUUAGAAGAUGCUUUGUGUAAGCGUAUGAUGGUCACCCCAGAAGAAGUUAUAAAAAGAAGUCUUGAUCCUCUUGGCGCUGCCGUUAGUAGGGAUGGUUUAGCAAAGACAAUAUACUCUAGACUCUUUGAUUGGUUGGUGAACAAGAUAAAUAUCUCUAUCGGCCAAGACUCGCACUCUAGGCGCUUGAUCGGAGUCCUUGAUAUUUAUGGUUUUGAGAGCUUUAAAGCCAACAGUUUUGAACAAUUCUGCAUUAAUUACACCAAUGAGAAGCUGCAACAGCAUUUCAACCAGCAUGUAUUCAAAAUGGAACAAGGUGAGUAUGAGAAAGAAGAAAUAGAUUGGAGCUACGUGGAGUUUGUUGAUAAUCAAGAAGUCGUGGAUCUUAUUGAAAAGAAGCCCGGUGGUAUUAUUGCUCUUCUAGAUGAAGCAUGCAUGCUACCCAAAUCAACUCCUGAAACAUUUUCGGAGAAGCUGUAUCAAACAUUCAGGGAUCAUAAGCGCUUCAUAAAACCAAAAUUGACUCGAUCAGAUUUUACAUUAGUUCAUUAUGCAGGGGAUGUUCGAUACCAGUCGGAUCAAUUUUUAGACAAAAACAAAGACUAUGUUGUUGCUGAGCAUCAGGAUUUGUUAAAUGCUUCCAAAUGUUCAUUUUUGUCAGGUCUUUUUCCUCCUCUUCCUAAAGAGAGUAGCAAAUCUAAGUUUUCAUCCAUUGGCGCUCGUUUCAAGCUACAAUUGCAACAGCUGAUGGAGACACUGAACUAUACUGAACCGCACUACAUCAGAUGUGUGAAGCCAAACAAUUUGUUGCAGCCAACAGUGUUUGACAAUGCCAAUGUCUUGCAUCAGUUACGCUCUGGGGGUGUUCUUGAGGCCAUCAGAGUGAAAUGCGCUGGAUAUCCAACAAAUAGGACUUUCAUCGAAUUCUUAAAUCGAUUUAUCAUUCUUGCACCGGAGAUUCUGAAAGGAGAGUACGAAGCAGAUGUUGCAUGCAAGUGGAUUUUGGAGAAAAAGGGACUUACAGGUUACCAGAUUGGAAAAAGUAAAGUUUUCCUUAGAGCUGGUCAGAUGGCAGAGCUAGAUGCACACAGAACAAGGGUGCUCGGCGAAGCAGCGAGGAUGAUUCAAGGGCAAGUUAGAACCCGUCUGACAAGAGAACGAUACGUUCUCAUGCGGAGGGCUUCAGUUCAAAUACAGGCUAAUUGGAGAAGAAACAUUGCAGGAAACAUAUGCAGGCACAUGAGAAGGGAGGAAGCUGCCAUCAAAAUUCAGAAAAACUUACGUAGACAGGUUGCAAAGAAAGAGUAUGGAAAGACCAAAUCAUCAGCAGUCACCUUGCAAAGCGGAGUCCGGACAAUGGUUGCACGCCAUGAAUUCCGUUAUAAGUUGAAGUCUAAGGCAGCAACUGUGAUCCAGUCGUACUGGCGUGGUUACAGUGCUAUAUCUGACUACAAGAAACUGAAAAAAGCUUCUCUGGUUUAUCAAAGUAAACUCAGAGGAAGAAUUGCCAGAAAACAGUUGGGACAGUCAAAUCAGGCUGACAAAAAGAAAGAGACAGAACAUGAAAGAGAGGUGGAGCUUUCCAAUAGAGUGGAAGAGGCAGUUGAUAUGUCAAGUGAUGAUGCGGAGAAUGGAGACGAACAGUAUCCGAAAAUCUUCAUCCGAGCAGAUAGUGGACUUGAUAAGUCCUUUGUAGUGCCUUCAGAGCAAAGUGGUGAUGAAGAGAUAGAACAUGAAAGACAGACAAAACAUUCCAUCCUAACAGAGGACGGAACUGAAAAGUCCAUUGUUCUCGAAAAAGAGAAGCCUUAUAAUAACUUUUCUGUUGUAAGCCACAUAACGAAUCCUAUUCGUGAUACAGAAGUUGAGUCCCUCACUGCCGAAGUUGAGAUGUUGAAGGCCUUGUUGGUAGUUGAGAAACAAAGAGCUGACAUUUCCGAGAGAAAAUGUUCUGAAGCCAGAGAACUUGGUGAGAGAAGACGCAAAAGAUUAGAAGAAACCGAAAGAAGAGUUUACCAACUACAAGACUCUUUGAACAGGUUGUUAUAUUCUAUGUCGGACCAAUUCUCGCAACUAAAAUCCAUCUUAAGAUCUCCGUCUAUGUCUUCAACGGUGGCUACAGUGCCAGUUGUACGUGAUGAUCUUGCUGACAGCUCUGAGAACUCUGAAGCUUCCUCAAGUGAUUCUGAUUUCACUUUUCCGGCUCCAUCUACUUCUUCUGCAGAUAAUUCAAAUCUGCAAGUCAUUGUUCAAGAUCUAUCAAGCACAGAAGCCAAAGGUCAGUGGAACAGAGAACUAUGACAAUGAUAAGGAAAGGGGCUUUGAAGAUUACUUUUGAUGAUAAAGCACCGAUUUGAUCUCCUCACCAGAUAUUUUGAAGUGCUGAUAAUUUUGUACUUCAUUGUUGUGCCAGAGGGCAAAUGUUUUAGUUUUGAAAUUAGUUCAGGGUCUGUGUUCAAUGCAUGCAAAAGCUAUGUUUGUUUCUUAAGCUAAUACAAUUGCUACUUAAUUCUAGAAUGAUUAAUUU